AUGCUUUCUGUUUCGAUCCUUACUCUCGCUUUGAUCGGCCAGGUUAUUGGCGAUUCAUCUUCUCCUGCAGUUACUGCUUCCCCAACAGCCUCUUCUUCAGCUUCUAGACCAACUCUCGCAAGAACUGCAACUAUCAAUGGUUUCGCUGACCCUAUUUAUGACAGAUUGCCAGCCUGUGCGAAAGGUUGUAUGGAUGCGCCAGUCGGAUUCUGCCCAUACUGGGAGCCUGGCUGUCUUUGUGUGAUGACGUUUUUCGGUGACCCAAUUGCUCAGUGCUGGGCCGAAAACUGUGUUGGAGAAGACAUUGUAGUGGCUGCUAGCUUGGCUACUUCUGUUUGUCACUCCAUUGGAGCACCUGACUGGAAGAUUAGUCCAUCCUUGAGUACUGUUUUGUCUGAAUUGGCUACUGCUGAGCCUACCAUUACCGAGACUGAAGCGCCAAGCUCAUCUCCUGAGGCCUCAUCAACAGAGCCUGCCUCUGAUGCUACUUCUGAAGCUCCAAUUCUGUCUGAAGCCGCAAGCUCUUCAUCCCCUGCAAUCACUGCUUCGCCAAUUGCCUCUUCUUCAGCUUCUAGACCAACUCUCGCAAGAACUGCAACUAUCAAUGGUUUCGCUGACCCUAUCUACGACAGAUUGCCAACUUGUGCCAAAGGUUGUAUGGAUGCGCCAGUCGGAUUCUGCCCCUACUGGGAGCCUGGCUGUCUUUGUGUGAUGACGUUUUUCGGUGACCCAAUUGCUGAGUGCUGGGCCAAAAACUGUGUUGGAGAAGACAUUGUAGUAGCCGCUAGCUUGGCUACUUCUGUUUGCCACUCCAUUGGAGCACCUGACUGGAAGAUUAGUCCAUCAUUGAGUACUGUUUUGUCUGAAUUGGCUACUGCUAUUCCUACUAUUACCGAGACUGAAGCACCAAGCUCAUCUCAGACUCCUGAAGUCUCAUCAACAGAGGUUUCCUCUGAGGCUACUUCUGAUGCCUCUACUUCCUCCGAAGCUGCAAGCUCUUCUGAGGCUCCAGUCUCGUCUGAAACAAUCAGCUCUUCUGCUGCUGUUAACUCCUCUGAAAUUGUGAGCUCUGUGCCUUCCUCAAUUGCUCCUUCUUCUUUGACUAUUGCUUCCUCCAGUGCCAUUUACCCUUCGAAUGGAACUACAACUGCUGUGGUGCCAUCUUCUUCCGCAACAGCUAACUCCGAUGUUGUUGUGGAUGAUGUGACAGAAACCGUGAUCAACGGUGUUACUGAGAUUGUUACUGUAUGCACCAAGUGCAAGACCUUAUCUGGCUCCCUUACCACUUAUACUACAGUUGUCGGUAGCGUCACCAGAACUGUGACUGCUGAAUGCGACACCACUGAAGGUCCAGCUCAACCUGAAAACGGAAAGGCCACUGUUACUAAAGGUGAUCACGGCUUUAAAGGUACUAAAACUACUGCUGGUCAGACCACUUGGUUCACACAAGUGACCAAGUCCGCAAGCGCUUCCUCCCCAAGUGCAGCUGUGCAUACCGUUGAGCAAGCUAAUGUUGCUGGAACCAACUAUGCCUCUUGGUUGGUUAGUGUUGCUGCACUCCUCACUGCUAUGUUGAUGAAUUAG